AUGACGGAAACCUGCAGGACAGAAACGCCAGUAGACGUCACCUGGCUCGCAAACCUCUUCGCACGUGCCGCGCCUUCCUCAUCCAGAGCUAGGUAUCUGUUUACGAUCUCAGAUAAGAUCAUGGCAUUUGCAUACUACGACUGCAGCUUCACACUCACGCAUCAAGGCCGCCAUUCCACCAAAAUGCCUUUUCACGACCAGGAGUCGGAAGAUCUCGCGCGUGACUGUGCAACCUUCCCUGCCUAUACGGACUAUCUAUAUGGUCCCGACAUGCGUCUGGCAACAUAUAAGACAACACAACUUGCACUCUCGCUAAUGCCUUUGCAACCCAUCCGCUACACUAACAGCAGACCUUCACAAAACUGGCAUUACAAGACAGACAGUCGUACCAAGAACCUUGCCAAUAUUGAUCUGCGACACCAUGCGGGUAGUCCUGGAUUAAUUCUUAUUCCGCCGCAAUUCCCGUAUCCUGCGCCCGUUGCUGACUUGAACAAUCGCAACUUGUUCGAUCAGUCAGCAAGACAGAUGCAUGGCGGUGUAUCAACAGGCCCGAGCACUGUGGUCCCCUCGUCGAGGCAACCAGUCGGGCGUGUACUUAUGCCAAUACCGGCCUUUUCAGCAUCAAGACCUGCCUCACGACAGAGGCUGAUGGGAUCUUCUUCGGCCACCGAUAUUGAUGAAGAUCACGGGUCACGUAUUUCCACGUCACCCUCUGCCCAAGGCUCUACGCAUGUUGGAAUGGCAAUGUACACAUACGAGAACGGCACAGAAGCUUGUAAAAUGCCUGCACUUGAGCACAGAAAUGUGGAAGCCAGACCCAUAUUAAGGCCUGGUGAUGUUUCCCGCAAUCGACAGUUCGCCUUUAUACCCGAAGCUCUACGCCAAGAUGUCGACAAGGCAGUAAUCAAACUAUGGUAUACCAUGAAGGAACCCACCAAAAGAAUGGAGAGUGUAAAAAAACUCCAGGGUCUCAGUCAGCGGGUAUAUCAGAAACGAGAAGAAUGGCAAAAGAAGCAACAGCAGCAAGCUCGGGAUCGCAUGCUGUUUCUCGAACAGGCAUCUGAACAACACCACCAACGCGACGACCACAACUAUGUCCCUUUCGAACACUCCGUAUCGCCUAAACUUCCAACCUAUAGAGGAGACAUAUAG